AUGACAUCUCGCAGAGCUCAGGUACGCACCCUGCUCUCGUCCUCGCUCCAACAGGGGAGCGGAGGCGAGGUCGUCGGCGAUCGGGAUGCCGUCGUCUCUCGCACGGAAUCUUACCUCGCUGCCGUCGAUGUGUGGGCAACGCGAGGGAACCAAAAGGCCGUUUCGCGUGUUGGGCCUGGUCUAGUCGCGGUUUGCGCCUGGCUGGCUAUCAAGAGUCUCGAGCCGCAGAGCGCGUCAAUGGCCACGUAUCAGAAGAAGUCAGGCCUGACACCAAGCCAAUUCGAAGCCUCUGCCCAACAGCUCGCCGCGGGCAUCAAGAGCGUGCGAGCGGCCUCGUCGACCUCUUCGCCGGUCUCUUCGGCCCCGAGCACUCCAAGACGGCGAGGCAAAGAUGGAGCGGUAGCUGCAGCGACCUCGCUGGCCCUGUCGCCCCAGAGUCGCACGCCAGAGGCACUAGCAAAGCGGGCACGCGACGUUAUGUCUGGUGCCGCCUUUGGUCGUCGGCCUGCGCCGGGCUCCUCUCCCACUCCGUCGCCCAAUCCGCCCAAGACUCCUUCUGGACGCAUCGGCCGAGCCGGGGCCGUUGCCCCGUCGAGGGACCCGCUUUCGCCCAGCGGCAGCCGUGCGACGCUCGGGGCUUCGCAGCAGCGAGUCAACGCAGCUCCGCAUACGCCCUCGAAGAGUUCGCGAUUGCGUCAGCAAGCCGUUCUUGGAAACGACGGUGGAGCUGAGAGGGGGAAAGAAGAAGAAGACGAGGAGGAAGAGGAGGAAGACGACGACGAGGAAGAGGAAGGGGGUCUCGACAGCGACGAAGAGGAGGCUCUUCAGCGAGGCUGGACACGGAGGCGAGGAGCCAGCGGUGAAGGGCAAACGAAGCGGAGAAGGAACGAGUACGACUUUGCAAAGACUUUUCAGGAGGGUGACGAGGAGGUUUUUGCGCAUCUCGAUGAGGACGUCCGGGCACAAAAAAGGCUCAGGAAGGCAAGGCACGCCAUCGCAAAGAUGAUGCAAGCAGACACAGGCGGGACCCAUUCUGAGCAGGGAGCUGAUGACAUGGUUCCUGAUGACAUUUACGCCGUCGUCGCGCUCGAGCUGUAA